AUGGAUGUCAGUGACUUGAACUAUGUUCUAGAAACGUUUGAUUGGCUCGUAACUUCUCGAAGCAUUGAUUACUUCACUCUAGGCCGUGGAGAAAACUUGUGUUCGUCAUGGAAAUCAUGUUUUAUGAAGAAGGUUCGUUAAAGGGAAGUUGAUCCAUGACUGGCUUGAGCAAAUUUUAAAAAGGCUCUUGACGUGAUAAAACGAAUUGUGAUAGAGAAAAGUGCUUCAUGGUUCGUUUUGUAAAAAAACAGAAAAAAAAGAAGUUAGCCAGACGGAGAAGUUCUAAUUGAAAAAUUCUAAACAGUAAAUUUCACUUCGGCUAUCUAUUUCCUCUUUUUCUUUUCAGCUUGAUAAUUGGGAAGAAAUAAUAUCCGAUGGAUUUGAAGCCAGACAAGGAUUGAAAAGAGAGCCGUUACCACUAUCUUUCCUUUGCUUGCGUCAGUUUGUUUCCAAAAUCUCGUUCUGCAGACGUCAUCUUAUUACUCCGAAGGAAGUGCUCAAGAAAGUCUGCGACAAGAAAGAAUGUACGACCCAGGUUUUGGGAGUAGAAUUCGUUCAGUUAUAAAUUUAUUUUCAGUCCAAUCGUUUUCCGAACAAGUUCGUUUCUCUUUCACAAAAGAAAGUGAAACUCAAGAAGUCUCACGAAGUCAACAGGCUGGUUGAGCUGAUAGAGCAGAUGCAAAAAUGCAAGCACUUCUGCUCUGGAGGUUUUUGUCUCGGCGCCAGUUACAUUAAGAGCAAGAGCGGAAAAGUGUAAAAUUUGUUUAACUAGUAAAACUCGGCUGCGCCUUCAGAGGCUCAAAUCUGACUAGGAAAAGUUUUUUACCCUCCGGUUGAACUUUUGAUGAAACUUCGCUGAAUUGUACUUUAGGACCUCCUGAUUGCAGAACAAAAAAAGUUUUUGCAACAGAUCUCGUUUUCGAGUUAUGAAUCUUCAAAGUCCCCAAAAUACACAAAUUAUGAUAAAAAAUAAUCAGAAUGAGUACUGUACUGCAGAAAUCGACAGUGUUAUGGAUAUUGGCGCGGGCGUAGGACAUCUUUCACGGUUGAUCGCCCUAAACACUAAUCUCCGGGUUUUGGCGAUCGAGGGCAAUCAGCAGGUCCAAACUUUUAUGAGUCAAAAGACGGAUCAGAUCUCAGUUUUCCGAAGCCGCGACAUCCUUCGAUGAACAGUUGUCGGUGAAAGUUUCAGUACUAAAAGGUUAGUUCACUAAGUAACAACAACUCGAUUCUAUCUGCAGAACGAUUGCCGAUACGUGAGAUCGGAUUUGUUAAUGAAAGGCUCGCACAGAAGAUUGAUGGUUUUUCGAUUGGAGGUUUGCUCAAUCAGGAACAAAAACUUUUUUGAUUGUCGUUUAGUUCUCUACCUCACGCCGCCACAAAAUUUAUUUGUGCAAAAUUGAAUGAGUUGAAGGAAAUUGAAUUCGAGUUCAGGUGCGAUUCUCGUCGGACUGCAUGCCUGUGGGGAUUUAUCAUCAACCAUUUUGAAAGUAUUUUUGAACUCUAAAAAAUCACGAGAACUCGUUCUCGCCGGCUGUUGCUACCACAAGGAGUUUGAUAACUUCCGCUUAUUCGGGGAGCAGAGUACAACGUCGGUUGAAUACGAAGUGAAGGCUUCUCAAAAGAUCUGUGUAGUGAUUGUUGAAAAUAGGAACAAGAAAAGGCUCGCUGUGCUGCGAAAUGUUCCGUUUUCCCGCUCAGUGAGAAAUGGAAAGACACCAAACUCGGUUACUUGGCCCGAGAGCUCGCCUGUCACAACAACGAAAGCAACGUCGCCAACAUUCAAAAGAUUGUCGUUAGUCUUCAUUUUUUUUUCUUCUUCCAGCUGAAUACAUAUUUUUUGCCUAGAGAUCCCGUUGUCAUCCGCACCGAGGAGUUUUUCAAGAUGCAUUCAAAUUGGAUAGAGAACACCUUUCUUCCUUAAUAUUUGAUAUUUAGUCUAAAUUUAUUCAGAUUACCUUCUUAUAGCUCUCCACAUAAAAAGUAAUCGAGUGGUUGAAAACUAUUGGACUCUAGGUUCAGGAGGGACAAACUGCUUACCAUGGGCAUUCAUAAGGCUAUUUUCAGACCUGAUCGGCUCCGCCCACACUCAGUUUCCCUAUAGUGCAAGACGAAUAUUAGAAGGAAAUAAUAAGCUUCAAGAUUUUGAUAGACUUAAAAUAUUCUUGCUUUCAAGAAAUAAUGAUUAUCAAAAAAUGAAGCUCAAAAGAAAAUCUCAGGAAAGCCAAACUGAUUAUUUUAAUAAUAGGUUCAUUCACUGUAUACUUAAUGAAGAUACGUAGUUGAAAGAUUACAAUACAAAAGUAGAAUAACGGGAAUUAGUCAACCCUAACGAGUAGACUCUGACGCGGAGUAAGAGAAAUCGGGAAGGAAACGAGUGAUCCGGAUUUAUUUUUUUUUAGAAAAGAGAGUCCAAUAUUCGGCUUUGAUAAAGAAAAGUAAACUUGUUUGGGAGAAAAGUUUAUAAAAAUCAUGUUCAGACGGGGUCUUAUUCGCUUACUGCGAGAGCUCGCCUUGAAACGUUCAUCGUGGCCGCUGCGGAACGAAGGGACGCCUGUGGUCUAGGACUUUGUGGCGUCAAGAAUGUCCAAGAACUUCUUUUUGGGGACUACGUAGAGUUGGCAAUGCGUCAAAAAGGAAAAGACUUGUACAAUACGGUUGUAAAGGUAUCAACUGUUUAUGUACCUGGUUUUGGAUGUGUUGAGAUCAUGAGCAUAUUUUUUUGAAAACUUCUUUUUCGAAACCCCCUCGUAUCAGAUUUUCAACUUUACAGUUCAUUCGAAAAUCGGACCCCGAUGUUUUGAGCGUCCGAGUGGGAGAAAUGGACAACAGCGGCGUUCUUUGCAUGGAGCUUCUUCGUUCUUUGAUCGCCCCACUAAUCGAAUCGGCGAUAAUUGAUGACCGAAUGAGUUAUUUGCGUGAAAAUGGAUGCAAAGUUGAACUUUUACCCCUUUUUGACCCUACUAUAUCCGCUAGAUCUUUGAUAAUUAUUGCGUCCAAAAGCUAAUAAAUAUAUAAAUUUACCAUUUCUGUUGAGUCAAAAGAAGUUUUUGCUCUUGAGUAUACUUUUUUUCAAAUGUAUUUCUUUUUGCGGAAUAGGCUAGAAGGCAAUAUGGAAAAUGAAGAGAAUAAAAAAAUGGCGCCAGAACAAAAUAUUCUGAAAAAGAAAGAACCUAGAAAAUAAUACGAUUUUGAAAAGCUGAAAACCAAUUUUUUAGUUUUGAUCCUUAUUUUGUAAAUUACUUUGGCAGAAAAUGCUUUGCAAUCGAAAAAAUUAUGCAUUUUUUUUUCUGCUCUCUGGUUUCUUCUGCUGCCUUUCCUUCUCACUUUGUCCUAAUCAUUCUGGCAUACACCUGUUGAUACAGGAUGGUUGACCUGAAAAUAAUGGACGUCGACGUUAGUUUCCCGUUUGAGCCCUAUGAGUGCCAAAAAGCUUUCAUGUCGCAAGUCAUCCAGGCUCUCCGAACGGUAAAUCAAAAUCGAAACUAUUAAUUUUCUGGCUCUAGAAAACAGAUGCUGCUCUCGAAAGUCCCACCGGUACCGGCAAAACGCUCUCACUGCUGUGUUCGGUUCUGGCUUGGUUAGAAGCCAGAGAAUGAAAGCGCCCGACUUUGAAAAAAUGAUGCAGCUCGCAAAUAGUUAGAGUUGGCGAUUAUGGAUAUAGACGGUUGUUUUGAGAGUCCGAAGACGUCAAAUUGGUCAACACAGUCUACUACUGCUCCAGGACUCACGGACAAUUGGAGCAGGUCGUCCACGAACUUAACAGAACACCUUACAAAUGGUAGUAUCGUGUCCGCCCGUUCAUCGCAAGUCUUUUCAGCGUUAAAUCUGCAGUGAUUGGUUCUCGCGAACAGUUUUGUAUACAUCCCAAAGUGCGAGCCAUAAAAGAGCAACUCGUGCAGGUUUUUUCGUCUUGAAGAUAUAAAAAAAUCGACUUUGCAGUCCCAUGUGUGCCGAGGAAUGGUCUCGAAAAGAACCUGUUCUUACUACAAUCGUUUAGAAGGUAACAAUGCCAAAAAAAUUAUUUUAUUCUCUUUCCGGAAUGAAAAGAUAUAAUAAAAAAGUUCAAAAUAAAAAAGCCAAAAAGAAAAAAAAAAUUGAAUAUUCAGAAAAUUUGUCAGACGUUCAUGAAUAUGUUUUAAAGAGAUUCCAAAUUUUUUUAUGAAAAAAAAAGAAACCAGAAGCUCGGGCCAAGUCCGAAUGGCGGAUAAAGGCCGCUAAAAGGGAGAGGCUCGGAAAAGGCCGCAGAAAAGCAGCAAAAAGAGUCCCUCUAUGGAGUGUUAAAAUUUUUCUAGAAAUUUAAAGGCUUGAGAAGGGAUGAGGUUGCAAAAAUGGUGCAUAGGAGCCGGUGAAAGGGCGCACAAAGGCAGCAAAAAAGGAGCCUUUGUCACCUUAAAAGGAAAAUUUAUAUAGACCCUUUCUCCACUCUUUCCGACUUUGCCUGUGACUUUAUUUUCAAGGUCUGGACAGCGAAAAAUUCAAGGACAUCUACGAGAUGGGGCGUGCCGCUGACAUCGAGGAGCUCGUUGGAAUCGGCAAACAUCACGGGCUCGUAUCCCUACUAUUUCCCUUCAUUUUCUGAGUUUCAGGUGCUGUCCUUACUAUGCCAACCGCAAGAAACAGGAAGAAGCAGAGAUCGUGUUGCUCCCGUACAACUACAUUAUCGACCCGAAAAUGCGCCGCAGAUACAAGCUCGACUUGAACGAUUCCGUCGUGAUCUUCGAUGAAGCUCAUAACUUAGUGAGUGAGAAGACAAUCGACGGAUGAGCUGACAUCUGCAGGAGUCGAUCUGUGAGUCGAACUCAUCGGCAGAACUGACGAGCACCCAGCUGGCGACAGCCAUCGCCGAGAUGCAGAAGGCUCUCGCUUUGCAAGUCGAAGAAGACCAAAAUGUCCGCGCCGAAGCGGUUAGUUAGGAAUGAUCCUUUAGGAAUAAAUUAGCGAUAAAAACCUGAGAAUUUAUAGAAAGUUUUGAGUAGAACCCAUCCCGACUUAAAAGGAGCCAUAAGCAAAUUUCGCGCGACAAACCCGGGUCUGAAAAUAUACGAUGAAGCCUUCAUCCCAGGAAAAUCAUGGUGAUGCUAAAGUAAUUUUUUCCCGACUUGAAAGGCGAGGGAGACAGGGCGGGACGCGUAGCGUGUGCGUACGCGGUUCUUGGCACGAGUUCAAUUCAAGCGCCACCGACUACUUAAAAAGUUCGGUGACCAUAGUCGCUGGCGGUUGAGUUGAACUCGUGCCAAGAGCCGCGUACGCACAUGCUACGCGUCCCGCACCGUUUCUUCGUCUCCUUUGCCUUUCAAGUCGGGAUGGAUUGACUAUAAAUCCAAAUCAAUGAAAAAAAUUUUCUAAAGAAAAACGUUAUUCUCAUUUAAAAUAUUGAUUCACUUAUUUCACAGGAUGCAAGCACUGCCGCUUUCGGUACAGAGAAAGUAAACAAAGAGAAAGAGUCUCUGAAUACGACGGAAGUGGCAAAAGCACUGAGUCAGUUUUUCAAUGUCUUGAAUACAUACACGCACCUUUCCAUUCAGACAAACUUUUCCAACUGGAGGAAGCUUUUGAGAGUCUGUGGAAAUGUCCUGCACUGAAAACAGUGGAGAAUUUGGAGGGAAAAGUAUGUCUUGGAAAAUCUGUUACCUGAAUCGUGAUGAUACACAGGCAGCCAGUGGUGAACAUCUUCUGACGAGUCUCGAGGCGGCUGGCCUCGACGCUGUUUCGGCGAGUAUCACUACUGACCUAUUGAAACAAGUUGUAGAUUACUUGCUUUUGAAAGGUUCAUUUCUUUCUCUUCUUUCUUCCGUCACUACUUAGGUUUACUUCAGGCGAGGAGAUGCCUUUGGCGGAAAAGGGCGACGGAAUCGAACGCCUGCGCGAUUUCCUUCUUGCCAUUUUCACCACACACGCCCAAGAAGUUGCAGCUGUGGUGGGCGAGUCGUCCGUCAAGGUUCAAACCGAAAAUAUGGCGCAUUGAAUACGCAGAGACCCUUUUGCAGCUGGCUGACCGUAUCAGUCCCAAAACGAUCGCGCAGAACUGCAGGCUGUACAUGAAAAAGGAUGGCGAGAAGGUUCUCCAUAGGAAUUUCAAGAAAGAAAAAACUUCCCUUUGCAGACAAUCAUCAAAUAUUUCUGCUUCCAAGCAUCAGUGUCUAUGCGAAUGUUGAAGAUGAGGGGUGUCCGCAAUGUGAUUCUGGCCAGUGGGACUUUGUCCCCAAUGGCCAACUUUACUGAAGUGAUGGGACUGUUAGUUUUUCAGCAGCCGUUUUUGCAAUAUUAGGGAAACUCAAACUCUUACCUCACCACUUAUUAUUAGUUUAACGAAAUUUCUUGCUGAAAUCUUUUUUUUGAUUUACGAGAACGAAAUUCGUGUAAUUUAGCUUACAAGGGAACGUUUCUAACCCCCCGGUUGAACUUUUGCUGAAACUUUGCUGAAGUGUACUUAGAACCCCCUUGCUUGUAGAACAAGAAGAAAAUUUCUCGCAAUAAAUCUUGUUUCCGAAUUAUGGAGCUUCAACGUGUGCAAAAUACGCAAAUUAGUCCAAAAAAGCGCUUUUGAAGUGUCCUAACUCGAAAACGAGAUCUAUUGCGAGAAAUUUUCUUUCUGGGAGGUAAAAAAAGUUCCCUAGUUAGAAAGCUCUUGCUUUUAAGAAAAAAAACGUAAUAAGGAGCAUUUUCUGAGUUUUUGAACGAAAAGAAACCUACCAUUUAUGCUCAGCAACUUCGGCGCCACCUUAGAAAACAUGCAUGCCGUGAAAGAUGUCCCUGUAAUAACUUCGAUCGUGACAAAAGGACUUCAUUCUUCUCUAUCUGGUACAUAUGCAAAUCGGUACGAUCUCUUUCUCAUCUCUUCAUCGAUUUUCGUUCAGAAAUAAUGAUGUCUACAAAAUGGAAGUUGGCGAGAGUUUGAUAAGGGUAAUAGAGAAAGUGCCUCAAGGUGCCUCUGUCCGUGGAGAUCCUUCAAACUCUUUCCUUUCAGGAGUUCUUGCCUUUUUUCCGUCCUACGGACAAAUGGACUCGUUUUUGACCUCUUGGAAGCAAAUGAAGCGCGGCAGCUGUAUGAAUACUGUGUGGGAAAGGAUGGGCCAAUUGAAAGAAAUUGUUAUUGAGCCUCGGCUCAAGGUGGUUUUUUGAUUUUUCAUCAAAACUUUAAAAUCCUUCCGAAUCGGUAAACAUUCGUUUUGAUCGUUCAGCAACUAUAUGUUUGAAAGUUGCAAAAUUUCUAACUAAAAAAAAAGAGUUAGUUUGGGGAGAGAAUGCACUAUAAUAUGGUCUAUUCCGCGCCAGCUUGUCACGUUUUUCUUUCCGCCGAAAAUAGAUCAAAAUUGAGUUCUUUCGCUUUAAGACCUCUGCUGUUUUUUAUCACUUUUGUAGAGCAAAAGAUUGUAUUUACGGCAGCUUUUUUCUGUUCUUUAAAAACGUGACUAUCUCGCGCGGAACGCACUAUAACCAACUGCUUCAUACGAAAUUGCAGGAAGAGGUGGCGGCAGUGCGUGGCGCCUACGCCAAGGGUGUACAGUCCGGAAAUGGUGCUAUUAUGUUUGCCGUCUGUAGAGGCAAAGUUGGUUUUCCUUCUCUUCCGGAUGAAAGGAACUCAAAUCACACUCUUCCCUACAGAUGAGCGAAGGAAUCGAUUUUUGUGACGCAGAAUCGCGAGGAGUCGUCGUCGUAGGGGUUCCCUAUCCGCCUGUUCACGACGAACGCGUUGUACUCAAACGGAUGUACCUUGAUGAAAGGCUUCUCAAGAACAAAAAGGCAGAUAUUCGCUUUGAAGUCCCAUUUAUUUACUUGAAACGUUUCAGAGUAUGAACUCCAAAGACUGGUAUCAGAUCGAAGCGUUGCGCGCCGUCAACCAAGCCAUCGGACGUGUCUUGCGACAUAAGGACGACUUCGGGGCAGUCGUGCUUUUGGACUCGAGGUAAGGAUUGUUCCCGGGUUCCUUCUGCAAUUUUUCCGGCUUAGAUAUUCCGGAAUCUCUCAAACUAUGUUUCCCAAGUGGCUGCGUAGGACUCUCAAAAGUGAGGAAUUGACGUUGAUGUUGCCUCGCAUCAGCAAGUUCUUCACGGAUCGAAUCGAAGCAAUCGAGGUGUGAUAUUUGUUUCACUGUACAAGCAGAAAAGAAAAGAAAUAUGAGAAUCUCUUCUAUAUUUCUCAUAUCUUAGGAUCUUUAGAGUGUCCCUUAUAGACAAUAGGAGAAAAACAGCUCUUAUAGGGACCGAAAAGUGGUCCAUAUAGGUGUAAAAUAUAGGUGGUCCCUAUAUGGGUCUUUCAAUUUUAUUCAAAAAAGGUUAUUUAUUCAGUUUUCCUGCAUGAAGAUGCUUCUUCGCAUAGAGUUCAUAAAAAUUAUCGACUCGUGUGUCCGAUAUAGGAGCCACUAACUAAAACCCCUAUAGCUUGCAAGCUUCAGUGGUCCCUAGCGGGACCCUGUAAGGGCCCCUAAGGUUGAUCCAAUAGGAGAUCACUCUGGAGUUCCUAAGAAAUUUGAAAAAAUUAAGGUAUCAAAAAAGAACUACGCGCCGUUCUCGGUGACCAGCCAAAAGAAGGAAAGACAAAACGCAAGAGUAAAGUUUUCUUGGUAAAGUCGCUGUGAUUGUUUUGUUUUCCCCUAGGCAACAGGAUCGCGACGUCAUCACCGCAUCAGAGUUGUUCGCAGACGCGGACCUGGAGGAAAUCGUCGCCGGAAGUUUGUCUGUUGUACGGUCGGGCUGUUCCAGCGUCGCCAAAACAGCCUUCCUCUGGAUUCCACUUGCCCACUGUAGGUUUUCGGCUCGAGACCAGCUACUCAAAGACGUCCUCACAGAACGAGGAGGAAAUGCAGAAACGGGAACUCGGCACAGAUGCUCCGAUAUUUCGCGGCUUCUCGGCCUACGUGAAACGUCCUGCUGGUCAGUCGACGCCGAAAGGUGCGCCGCCUCGAAAAAAAAUUUUGCUUGUGGUCAGUUGAUGGACUCUUGCUUUAUUUAUUAUCUUGAACGCAAAGAAGCCGAAAAGUGAAACUUCGGAAGAUAAUGCAGCAACUCUUGAAUUGCCUGACUUCUUCAAUGAAUCGUUGAAAAUACCUUCAUCGACAUUGCUCGCUUGGGUACGUUCGUUAAUUUUGAGAAAGAUCUUGGGAAAUUGUUUUACAGCUUCCGGAGAACAAGAAAGUUGCAUUUUCAUGUGCAUUGAAAGGUUACAAGACGGGGGAAACUUCAUUGGAUCAGGUUCAAAACAUUAAUUAAUUCAUUGAGACUUCACCAUAAAAUUCCAGUUGAUCCCUAAACUACAGUCGAUUUUUCUCCCUGAAAGACCCGAUCUUUUCAUCAGUGAGUUGUUUUUUUUUGUGACCUGGUUUUCCGUGAAAUUUCUGACAAAAAAAAGUCGGAAAGUGUGUUCAGAAAGAAAAAAACCUCAAAAAGAACAAACAAAAUUCAGUUCUGCAACGACUUCAUGUGUAGAAAGGAUUUCUAUUUCGAACAUUUUUUACAGGUUGUUCUAACUUUUUGACCCGCGACAAAGUUCAUCGCCAGCAAUUUCUCACAGGCAUCCAAAAACUCGACUUGAAAUUCUGA